AUGUCUUCAAUCAUACCACUAAAAGAUUACCAGAAAUGUUUCAUAGCUUUAGCCUUAGAAUCUCAGGCAUUGAAAUUUGGAUCCUUUACAUUGAAAUCAGGUAGAGUGUCACCAUAUUUUUUCAACCUAGGAUUUUUCAAUACAGGGAAAUUACUGUCCAAUUUAGCUACCUCCUACGCAAAUGCAAUCAUUCAAUCUGGUUUAAAAUUCGAUGUGAUAUUUGGUCCUGCAUAUAAGGGGAUUCCAUUAGCCUCCAUUGUUUGUGUUAAAUUGGCUGAACUUGGCGGAAUCAAAUAUCAAAACGUUCAAUACGCAUUUAAUAGAAAGGAAGCUAAGGAUCAUGGUGAAGGUGGCAACAUUGUGGGUGCCUCAUUGAAACACAAACCUGUUUUGAUUAUUGAUGACGUUAUGACUGCAGGUACUGCCAUCAAUGAAGCAUUUGAAAUCAUUGCAAAAGCUAAUGGAGUUGUCGUCGCAACAAUAAUUGCUUUAGAUAGACAAGAAGUUAUUACUAAAGACGACAGUAAUACCGAUAGUGAUAAACAACGGUUGAGUGCUACUGAAGCUGUAAGUGCAAAAUACGGUAUUCCUGUUUUAAGCAUUGUUUCUUUGAGUAAUAUCAUUGAUUAUUUAGAUGGGAAGAUCAGUGAUGAAGAAAAGAAGAAAAUCAUUGAAUAUCGUCAAAUCUACGGUGUAUAA